AUGCACUUGGAUGAUCCAUCAGUUGCUAUUGAUUCUACUUGCGAUGUUUUUAGGAUAAAAAAGUAUGUUGGGAGGCACACUUGUGGAGCUGGUGUGAAGUUGAGAAGUCCUAAAGUAUCGAAGAAGCUGUUUAACCAUGCAACUCAGAUAUUUGAAAGGUUAUUCAUUGCAAUAGGCGCUUGUAUUGAAGGUUAUAGACUUUGUCGACCAAUGAUUUUUGUUGAUGCAACUUUUCUGACCGGGAGAUUUAGAGGUACCCUUAUGGCUGCUACUUGUCUGAAUGGGAAUCAAGGUUUUUAUCCGCUAGCCUUUGCAUUGGUCCCAGGAGAGAAUGUUGACAAUUGGGAUUGGUUUAUGUGCAAUCUUAGCAACGUUGUUGAUGACCGUCCUAUCACCUUUAUGUAUGAUCGUCAUGAGGGAUUGUUGAGGGAUAUUCCUAAACACUUUCCUACUUCCCAUCAUGGCUAUUGUUACUACCACUUGCAAGGAAACUUACCAAUCAGGAAAUCGGACGAGAAGUACAAAGAAGUUAUGGCUUGUUUCAAAAAAGCAACUUAUGCUCUCACACCAGCAAGAUAUGAAGAAGCACUAAUGGAAAUGGAGUUAAUGGGAAGGCAUGGGGUUGCUGAGUAUUGCCGCAAUAUGCCUAGGGAAUAUUGGUCCAGUGCGUUCUUCACUGGCUGUAGAUUUGGUCAGACUACAUCAAGCAUUGCUGAGUCCUUCAAUAAUUGGAUUCGCAAAGACAAGAGGUUGCCUUCCUGCGCCCUCAUUGACAUGAUCAGGUUACGCGUUAUGGAGUUGAUGAAUGAACGUCGCGAAAUGAGUCUUUUGAUGGACCCAGAGAAGCUCACUCCUACCUACGAGGCGUUACUUAAAGAACAUAUUCAAAUUGGUCGAGCUUGGAAUGUUACUCAGUCAUAUGCGUAUGAGUAUGAGAUUCAUUCACCUAGGUCUCACACUGUUGAUCUGCUGAACAAGACUUGCACCUGCCAAAGAUGGCGUGUUUAUGGUUUUCCAUGCUCUCAUGCUACAACAUCUAUUUCUGCCAAGGGUGAUCGAUACGUAGAUUAUAUCGAAGACUACUUCAAAGUUACAAAUUUUCAGCAGCUGUAUUCAAUUGCUAUCAGACCAAUCCCCAACUACAACAGGCCAGAGCAGUAUCUUCCAGAGGAUACUAUUUUUCCACCCCAUCCACGAGUUCCACCAGGUAGGCCAAAGGGAAAUCGUAUCAAGAAUGCAUGGUAG